UAAGACUAAUAAUAAGCAUCCUGAGUAAUGAGUGGCCUGGGCCGGAGCAGGCGAGGUGGCCGGAGCCGUGUGGACCAGGAGGAGCGGUCUCCACAGGGCCUGUGGACAGGGGUGGCUAUGAGAUCCUGCCCCGAAGAGCAGUACUGGGAUCCUCUGCUGGGCACCUGCAUGUCCUGCAAAACCAUUUGCAACCAUCAGAGCCAGCGCACCUGUGCAGCCUUCUGCAGGUCACUCAGCUGCCGCAAGGAGCAAGGCAAGUUCUAUGACCAUCUCCUGAGGGACUGCAUCAGCUGUGCCUCCAUCUGUGGACAGCACCCUAAGCAAUGUGCAUACUUCUGUGAGAACAAGCUCAGGAGCCCAGUGAACCUUCCACCGGAGCUCAGGAGACAGCGGAGUGGAGAAGUUGAAAACAAUUCAGACAACUUGGGAAGGUACCAAGGAUCGGAGCACAGAGGCUCAGAAGCAAGUCCAGCUCUCCCGGGGCUGAAGCUGAGUGCAGAUCAGGUGGCCCUGGUCUACAGCACGCUGGGGCUCUGCCUGUGUGCCGUCCUCUGCUGCUUCCUGGUGGCGGUGGCCUGCUUCCUCAAGAAGAGGGGGGAUCCCUGCUCCUGCCAGCCCCGCUCAAGGCCCCGUCAAAGUCCGGCCAAGUCUUCCCAGGAUCACGUGAUGGAAGCCGGCAGCCCUGUGGGCACAUCCCCCGAGCCAGUGGAGACUUGCAGCUUCUGCUUCCCCGAGUGCAGGGCGCCCACCCAGGAGAGUGCAGUCACGCCUGGGACCCCCGAACCCACUUGUGCUGGAAGGUGGGGGCGCCACACCAGGACCACAGUCCUGCAGCCUUGCCCACACAUCCCAGACAGCGGCCUUGGCAUUGUGUGUGUGCCUGCCCAGGAGGGGGGCCCAGGUGCAUAA